UAGAUGGACUUUAACCUGAUUAUUAUUUAUGAGAUGUUUAUUGCGAUAUCAUUUUAUUAAAUGCUGAUUAACGAAGUUGGUUGACUCGAAACUUGUACGUUUUAUUAUUUUAGAUCUAUUCUCUUGAAGAACACUAAUAAGAAUGGCAGAACUACGUUUUGAUAAUCGUGUUGUUGUGGUGACAGGAGGAGGUGCAGGCUUAGGUCGUGCCUAUGCAUUGCUAUUUGCUUCAAGAGGUGCUAGCGUUGUAGUAAAUGAUUUAGGAGGUGGACGACACGGCGAUGGUAAAAGUAGUCAAGCUGCAGAUAAUGUUGUAGCUGAAAUUAAACGAAAUGGAGGAAGAGCUGUGGCAGAUUAUAAUUCAGUCGUGGAUGGUGCUAAGAUCAUUAAAACUGCAAUCGAUACGUUUGGACGUGUUGAUGUACUUGUUAACAAUGCUGGUAUCUUGAGAGAUAGAUCUUUUGCUAAAAUGACAGACGACGAUUGGGAUUUGAUACAAAGUGUACACGUUAAGGGUGCAUUUAAAACAACUCAAGCAGCAUGGCCAUAUUUCUGUAAACAAAAUUAUGGUAAAGUUAUUUUCACCACAAGUAAUAGCGGAUUAUGCGGAAAUUUUGGUCAAUCUAAUUACAGUACGGCAAAAAUGGGUUUGGUUGGUUUGACAAAAACUUUGGCCAUUGAGGGUGCUAAAAAAAAUAUAAGCGUUAAUGUAAUUGUGCCAACUGCUGCAUCCAGACUUACUGAAGAUAUUCUUCCUCCUGAUCUAUUCCAACAGUUAAAACCAGAAUUAAUAGCUCCAAUAGUUUUUUGGUUGUGUCAUGAGAAAUGUAAUGAAACUGGAUCCAUUAUCGAAUCAGCUAUAGGUUUGGUAAGAAAAUGUGAUAUCGUUCGUUCGCCGGGAAGCGUCGUGCGAAAAAAUUUAAAUGAUUUGGUUACACCUGAAAAUGUACAAGAAAAAUGGUCAGAUGUCGUUGAUAUGACUUCUGCUAAACGUUCGAAUAAUAUGGAGGAAAUAGUAGGAGAUUUGAUGAACGUUAUCGACGAGUUACAAUCUGGCGUUUCUACUAAAAAAUCUGGUGAUGCUAUAUACAAUAAUUAUAAUAGUCAAGAUGCUAUACUGUAUGCACUUGGAGUUGGAGCAACCGUUCAAAAUCCAUCCGAUUUACGUUAUUUAUAUGAAAAUCAUGAGAAUUUUUCACUUUUACCAACUUACUAUGUUAUUUACGGUGCCGCCGGAUGUAUGACAAGUUCAAUUUUAAAUGACUCUAUACCUCAGAUACAGAUAAAUCCAACAAAUGCAUUACACGGAGAACAAUAUUUAGAAGUUUUCAAAAAAUUACCUACAGAAGCAAAAGUAAAGACAGUCUAUAAAGUUGUAGAUGUUGUUGACAAAGGAAAAGGAGCAGUUAUCAUAGUUCAACAUGACACCUUUGAUGCUGUUAGUAAAGAACAAUUAACUACUGGACAGAUAUCAAUUUAUAUAGUAGGUGCAGGUGGUUUUCAAGGCAAACGUACAUCUCCACAUAUUGUACCAACUAUUGAUCCACCCAAUCGCAAACCAGAUGCAUUUGUUACUCAAAAAACUUCUGAAGAUCAAGCAGCGUUAUAUAGACUGAGUGGAGAUGCAAAUCCUUUGCAUAUUGAUCCAAAUAUUUCUGUAAUGGCUGGAUAUAAAAAACCGAUUUUACACGGAUUAUGUUCUCUUGGAUUUUCUGCAAGACAUGUUUUAAAUACUUAUGCUGAUGGUGAUCCAAGUUUAUUUAAAGCAAUCAAAGUAAGAUUUUCUAAACCAGUAUAUCCAGGAGAAACGUUGCGUACCGAUAUGUGGCAACAGGGCAAUAGAAUACAUUUCCAAACAUCUGUUGUAGAAACGAAUACUGCAGUUAUUACUGGUUCUUACAUUGAUUUAUUCGAUGUAAAAUCAAAAAAACUACCGCUUCCAACAAAUUUAACUCCAACGACAAUUAAUUCUAAUAACAAUGAUUUACAAAGUAAUGCUAUUUUUGGUGCAAUGAGGGACUACGUUAAAGCUAAUCUUGAACAAGUGAAGAAAAUUAAUGCAAUCUUUCUUUACAAUAUUACUGUAAAAGGAAAUCCGGCAGCUGAAUGGACUUUAGAUUUAAAGAAAGGUGAUGUGUAUAAAGGAAAACCUACAUCAGGAAAAGUUGAUACCACUUUAACUAUAGAAGAUAGUGAUAUGAUGGGCAUAGCAACCGGAAAAAUAAAUCCUCAACAAGCAUUUAUGGUAGGAAAACUUAAAAUAAGCGGUAAUAUUAUGUUGACUCAAAAACUUAAAACUCUUAUGGAAACAUACAAAGCUAAAUUAUAAUCUCAAUUUGUAAUUGAGCUUAUGAAUAAUUUAUUAGUUUCAUUAUUUUGGGAUUUGUGGUAGACAUGACCGAUGUAGCAUUUACGUUAAGGUUUAAUUCGUUUCUUUUUUCUUUAAUUUCGUUGCAUAUUAAAUGAUGACAAGGAUUACCGUUUUUCUCAUUGCAUAUAAUUUUAAUUAUUUAUACAAAUUUUAAAUCAAGUCAUU